AAUACAAACAAUGCCAUGACUAAGCGCGCGACGCCCAGCCAAAUGCAAAUUAGUGCGCAGUGUAAUUUUAUCGUUCGUCAAGUUUGGGUGUCGAUUGCUGAACGACGUCGCGCGAUGAUGACCUCCACAGCCGAUGGCACCCGGAACGACUCCCGGCGGAUACUGGUGCGCGUCGGCAUCGACGUGGCCAUCCUGUGUGCCGUUGGGCUGUUCAUGCAGAUCUUCCUCGCCGUGGCGGAACCCGCGAGGCGUGGGUUUUUCUGCGAUGACGAAUCGCUGCGGUACCCGUUCCGAGAGUCUACCGUCGCGAGCUGGCAGCUCUGGUGGGUGAUUGCGACCGGGAUUCCACUGGCGGUGAUCUUCGUGACGGAGCGGGUCCGCGCGGAGGUGAAGACCGUCGCCGAGCCGUUGCAGUUCUUCCGGUGGCAGGUCCCAUUUUGGGUGGUUGAGGCGUACAAAUCGGUUGGAAUGUUCGGAUUUGGGGCGACCUGCAACCACGUGCUGACCAACGUGGGCAAGUUCAGCGUGGGAAGGCUGCGACCCCACUUCUUCGCCGUUUGCCAACCAGUGUUGCCAGAUGGGACGAGCUGCCUCAACAAAACCCUAAACUACGGUCGUUACAUCGAAGACUUCACCUGUUCCAGCAGAACCGCCACCGACCACAUGCUGUCGGAACUGCCGCUGUCAUUCCCCAGCGGUCACUCCAGUGUUGCCAUGUACGCGCUGGUUUACUGUGCAAUCUACCUGCAGGUGCGACUCAACUGGGGUCGUUCGGGACUGCUCAAGCACUUUCUGCAGUUUUUGCUGAUUGCGCUCGGUUGGUACACCUGUUUGAGUCGCGUCGCGGAUUACAAGCACUUUUGGUCGGACGUGCUGGCAGGCGGGUUGCUGGGAACGGGGACGGCCGUUGUGGUGGCCAACGAUUGGUCGAAUCUGUUCAAGAGGCGGCGAAGCUGGAAGCAGCGAGUGAACUCGGGAACGCAGACUUCAGACGAGAAUAAGCGGAACAGUGGUGGUGGUGAUCGGGGGAGGGAAAAUCCUGGUUACGUUCCGUAACUAUAGUGAAUAAUGAGUAAUACGUUUAAGUGAAACUUGGGCAGGAAUCUAAUCGCUUUAGAAGAAUUUAGUGAAUAAUAAUAAGACUAAUGUGUACUA